CAUGACUCAAAAUUCGCCCUUACUGUAAGAAGGUUAAUUUAGUAAAGAAGGGACACUCUUCAGAAACAUUAUGUAGCCUUCGAUGCGAAAAGACUCCGUAAACUUCGAAAAAUCGAAGACUUUGAAAUGAUAAUCUUAAUACAUACCAGGAGCCCGACUUUCUAAAAAAACUAAAAAGCGGUCGCAGAAUAUACUGAAAGACAUGGAUAAAUGUUUAAAUAACUCAAAUUGAAGAGGACGACCGAUUUUACCUGACUGUCAACUAUUAAAUUAUCGCGGCGGCGACCAAAACCUUUCCGCCCUAUUGUUGACUUCCUUAGAUUAAAUGACAAAGCAUUUUACCAUUCUAGUUUCAGCGCGAAAUCGACUAUGUCUAAAUAUGACUGCACCGUAUGUACAUGUAUGUAGAAAUAGAAAGAGUAACGGUGUAAAAUUAUUCCUUAGUAUUUACGUCAUAAACCAAAUGGUACAAACGAAACUGGAUAUGUAAUAUUUAAUACAGUAUGGAAUGAGUGCAUAAAGACUAAUGUAAAAUUCAAUUUAACCUUGUUAAAAGGCCAGCAUAUGUGGAGUAGAUGUUCUAAAUGUAAAGCAAAGAUACAUGGUCUUACUUUGGACAAGAUUCAGCGAUGUUAUCAGGCCAUUUUGAAACGUGGAAUAACAAAUUUAUCUUCCAAUUACAAUCUGGUUUGAAGUUCAAGGACAAAACAGAGUGGCCAUCAGAGAACACUGGGUCAAGUUCUACGAUUUCAAAGCUGUGUAAGUAUUUUAGGGAACGGACGUUUUGCACGGAGAGGCGUUACGGGGAGUGCCCGGGGAGCGGGAAUGGGGAGUGCACAGUGUACAUCAACGCCAUCUGUUCUGUGCAAGAUGUCACGUUGGAGGAUUCAUCUCACAGCCUAUGUCAUUCGGGGAAUGCAUCCAAUGGCGAUUCAUGUGGCGGGCGUGGAAACACGCUCAUCCUAGGCCUGUUUAUAUGCGCCAAGAAGGUUGCAGGGGUUGGGUUCAUCCCGCUGUUGACCUUGGGACAUUCGUACAUAUACGAUAACGCAGAUCCCAAGAAAACGCCCAUUUUAAUUGGAAUAAUAUUUUCGGGAUCAAGUAUUGGUCUGGCGUGUGGUUUCUUCAGCGCAGGGGCUAUAACACAGACUUAUUUUGUGGACUUUGAUCGGCAGGAUGAGAACGACCUGAGCCCGUCCAGCCUCCACUGGGUAGGUGCCUGGUGGCUGGAUUUUGUACCAGCGGCCGUAGUGGCAGUCUGUGUUUCCAUCCCGCUCUGUUUCUAUCCUGCACAACUUAAAGAUACAAGUGAACAGAUGAAGCACAAAACCGAAAAUGACCAUAAUGGUUCCAAUGCCAGACACACUUGUCAAUCCGUCGUGGACCUCUUUAGUACAGGCUUCAAACUUUUCAAGAACCCUGUGUUCAUGUUCGUAUCCUUAGGCGUGUGUGCUGCGAAUAUGUUAUUGCGUGGACUCGCACCCUUCAAGUACAUUAUCCCCAUAUACAACGUAUCCCUGGUUUCGACUGGAAUUUAUUUAGGAAUCACUAUAUUGCUGGGAGCGUUUGGAUUCAUUCUAAGUGGUGUUUACCCGAUGGCUGAACCUGGAGGUGGCAGGAAUGCUGAGAUUGAAUGUCAUUGUAUCCAUGGUGACCGCAGUUAUGGGCCUCGUGUUCCUGGCUAGCUGCCCAGACGUGGUUCUAGCCGGAGAGGUUAUAAGUGGUUCAUGUCCCAGCUAAAUACCACGCGGCCAUGUAACAGUCCUUGUAAAUUGUG